CGGGCCUCAUAUAGAGGGGCGAGAGGGCGCGGCUUGUUCAGACGUUUUCUGUCCCGCCGACGACAAUCAUGUCGCCAAAGUUAAUAUUUCUACUAGGAUGUCUUACUCUACUUGCCGUGAGAGUUAAUGGACAAGAUGAUGAUAGUCCAGAUGGAGUCGAUGCAACUGCAGAAGAACUUUGUCGUGAUAGACCCGGUGAUGAAUAUUUCCGUCUAAGUACAGACGGAGAUUGUCGUGACGUUGUAAGGUGUGACAAAGCAAAUGAAAUUGGAGUAACACGUUUGGCAAAUGUAAAAUGUCCAACUGGAUUGGCAUUUGAUAUUGAGCGUCAAACAUGUGAUUGGAAAACUCACGUCAAGAAUUGUGAUCGUCUUGAGAAACCACGUAAAGUCCUUCCAAUAUUGAAGACAGAUGAGCCAAUAUGUGAUCCAGGAAAACUAUCAUGCGGUGAUGGCGAGUGUAUUGAUAAAGAAUUAUUUUGCAAUGGAAAAGCUAACUGUAAAGAUGAAUCAGAUGAAAAUGCCUGCACUGUUGAAACUGAUCCAAAUCGUGCACCAGAUUGUGAUCCAACACAGUGUGUUUUGCCAGAUUGUUAUUGUUCAGCUGAUGGUACAAGAAUACCUGGUAAUAUUGAACCAACACAAGUACCACAAAUGAUAACAAUAACAUUUAAUGGUGCAAUUAAUAUUGAUAAUAUUGAUUUAUAUGAAGAUAUAUUUAAUGGACAUCGUUUAAAUCCAAAUGGUUGUCAAAUACGUGGUACAUUUUUUGUGUCUCAUAAAUAUACAAAUUAUUCAGCAGUACAAGAUUUACAUAGAAAAGGACAUGAAAUAUCAGUAUUUUCAUUGACACAUAAAGAUGAUCCACAAUAUUGGAGUGGUGGUACAUAUGAUGAUUGGUUAGCUGAAAUGGCUGGUGCUAGAUUAAUUAUUGAACGUUUUGCAAAUAUAACUGAUGGUUCAAUAAUUGGUAUGAGAGCACCAUAUUUACGUGUUGGUGGUAAUAAACAAUUUGAAAUGAUGUCUGAUCAAUUUUUUGUAUAUGAUGCAUCAAUAACAGCAUCACUUGGACGUGUACCUAUUUGGCCAUAUACACUUUAUUUUAGAAUGCCACAUAAAUGUAAUGGUAAUAGUGGUAAUUGUCCAUCAAGAUCACAUCCAGUAUGGGAAAUUGUUAUGAAUGAACUUGAUCGUCGUGAUGAUCCAACAUUUGAUGAAUCAUUACCUGGUUGUCAUAUGGUUGAUUCAUGUUCAAAUGUACAAAGUGGUGAACAAUUUGGUAGAUUAUUGAGACAUAAUUUUAAUCGUCAUUUUAAUAGUAACAGAGCACCACUUGGUCUUCAUUUUCAUGCAUCAUGGUUGAAAAGUAAAAAAGAAUAUAGAGAUGAACUUAUUAAAUUUAUUGAAGAAAUGUUGGCAAGAAAUGAUGUUUAUUUUGUCACUAUGGUUCAGGUCAUUAAAUGGAUGCAAACACCAACAGAGCUAUCAGCACUUCGUGAUUUCCAAGAUUGGAAAGAAACAUGUGAUGAAAAAGGACAACCAUACUGUUCUUUACCAAAUGCUUGUCCAUUGACAACACGAGAACUUCCAGGUGAAACACUUCGUCUUUUUACUUGUAUGGAAUGCCCAAAUAAUUAUCCAUGGCUUCUUGAUCCAACUGGAGAUGGAUUUUCAGCUAAAAAAUAAUUUUAUUAUUAUCUAAAAUUUGUGAUUAUUAAAUCAUAAUUAACUUCCACUUGUAAAUAUCCACCCGAAAAAAAAAGAAAUGAGAGAUUGAAAGAAAAAGAAAAAAAAAGUUAAACAAAUAUUUGUUUCAUUGUAUUUUUAAGAAAAUAAAAAAAAAAUUAAAUAAUAAGACAAUAAAAUCAUGUAUUUGAAGAUAUUUAAAUAUCAAUGAUAAAAAAAGGGUAAA